CUAUACCGGUGUGUAUAGACACUGGACAUGCAUGCAUGCAUGGGUAUGACCAGCAUAAUCAUUCAAUCCCACUCAAUUUAAUGAACUAGUCAAGGAUGGUGUCGAUUUUAGCAUCAACGUGGGGUUGGGUAUGCCUACUGUUCUUUGGAAUAAUGUCCAAUGCUAUUGCCUCCAAUAUAUUGAUAUCCUCAUUAUACGGGGAGGGUAGCCAUUUUAUGCUGGGUGCAUCCAUUGGGGAGGGACUGGUUGAAAAGGGUCACAACGUGACAUGUCUCAUCAGCAGAGCUUUCGAGCACCGUGCGACCGAUCCAAGAUACGGCAACCUUUCUUUCGAGAUCUUUGAACACCACGACCGGUCCCUUAAAGAAGUGAGAGAUUUGUUUUUUCAUUUCAACACAUUGGCACUUCAGGGGUUACAGAGCCAGCUGAUGGACACUAUUACACGAUUCAUGAUGACCCUAGCGAGAGACUGCGAAGCGAUAUUGAAAGAUGGUGCCUUGAUGAAGCGCCUUGAGAGGAUCGACGUCAUUGUCCUGGACGUCACUUGGCCGUGUGGAAUCAUAAUCAAGGACAUGAUAGAACAGAAUCUGAAUCGUACCAAGAACAUAACAGCAGUAUCAGUGAGUCCGUGCCCUCCACAGGCAAUGUUCCUGUACAUCAUGGGAUCUGCUUACAACCCUUCCUACCAGCCAGAGUUUAUGUCAGGAUUCUCCAACAGAAUGACUUUCUUCCAGAGGACGUCCAACAUCUUGCAAAGCGCAAUGUUCAUUGCCCUUGGAAAUUUAUACACAAUGCCUUACUACUCUGAGGUCGCCAGGAACGUCGGACUCAGUCCUGAAAUCGCGAACUUCUUUAAUUGGCCUGGUAAAUUCGAUUUGAAUCUGUUAAGCAUGGAUUUUUCAUCUGGGUUUCCGUUUCCUCUCGCUCCUAAUUUCAUCCCAGUCGGUGGACUUACUGCCUCACCAGCCAAGCAACUAGACCAGGACUUGGAGGAUUUCAUGCAGAGUUCGGGGGAAGAUGGUGUCAUCCUUUUUACUCUAGGCACCUACUUCUCUGCUGUUUCUAAACUCACACCGGGCUUUGUUGAAAUGUUUGCCAACACUUUCCGAAAGCUACCACAGAAGGUAAUUUGGCAGUUGGUGGAUCCGCCGUCAGGCUUGGAAUUAUCACCAAACAUCAAGAUAUUUCCGUGGGUACCACAAAACGAUUUACUUGGCCAUCCCAAGACCCGAGUGUUCAUGUACCAGGGAGGCAACAACGGUUUCCAAGAAGCCUGUUAUCACGGAGUUCCCAUCGCCAUUAUUCCCCUCUAUGGAGACCAGUAUGAUGUAGCAGCCAGGGUCGUAGCAAGAGGGAUGGGACGAAAACUCGAUAAAAACACCAUGAACGCUGACGUCAUAUACGAGACACUCACCGACCUCAUUAAUGAUUCAAAAUAUGCCCAAGUCGCAAAACACGUCUCGGCAGUCAACAGGAACAACCCAAUGACAGCUCGAGAAAGAGCAGCAUUCUGGAUAGAUCACGUGAUCAAAUAUGGCGGAGAAUACCUCAGGUCGCCAGCCGGUGAACUUUCAUUUGUGGUUUAUCACAGCAUUGAUGUUUUGGCAUUCCUCUUUUCAAUAACCUGUCUACUUUUGGCCAUCUUUACUUAUACGUUGUUAUUUUGUUUAAGAUGCUGCCGUAAAGUUGUAUUUGCAAAUAAGAGUAAAGAUAAAAGUGAUUAAUGUUAAUGAAAGAUGAAAAUAGAGCAAAAUAGAGAUAUUACUUGUUUGAUAAAUGUAUAUUCCUAACUAUUUCAGUCCACAACAUGGAUUUACAAGAUACAAAAAAGAUAUAUAUACAUGUAUAUAUAGAG